AUGCUUAUUCCACGGCACACUUCAGGCACAGGGAUCGCCAACCCAGCUCCUAACACGCACAACCCUCCCGUUCCACGGUUCCACGGUGAAGCGAAGCGUCACGCACGAGUCCGCGAUGUGGUUGCUGGCUGGCAGAAAUCAAAGGAAAAGAAAACCGAGCCCGACUUUUGGAGAGUGUGCGCUCCCGAGUCCGCUGCAACGGCCCCCUGUUCCCUGCAGACUGCCACCGACCAGCACCUGGGACUGACUGAGAGGGUGCAUGCCACUGCCAGCGUGGCUCAUAGGGCCAUCACCACACACAGAAAGUGUCCAGUCAGUACGUGUAUUGUGAGCGAGGUGGCCCCAUCCAAAGCUUCUAAUUCUUCCGUCCUCUUCGUCCACCACUCCAAACCCUCGCCAGGGGGACACCACCCCCUUUCCCCGGACAGCCAACCAAAUAAUACCAACCCAGUCAGCAGGUUUCUCGAACCACGUCUUUCCAUCAUAUCUUGCUAUCAUUAUGCAUCAUUUCCCAUCCGCCCAGCAUGGGGGCUGCCUGUCAACAACUUGCUAACUUUUGACUUUUUGCCAGUUGGUGACCGGAUACUUGUCUACAACAUAUCUCUGGGAGUCGCAUCAAACAAAGCCAUGCCACCCGUCCCUAACGCUCUGUCCGUUCGUCUGUCGCGUUCGCCCCUAUGGUCCGCCGACGGAAGCUUCGGGAUCGCAGGCCCCAUCAACAUCCGGCGCUAUGAAUUGCGAAUCAUUAAAUUUCACGGACGCAGGCGCGCCGCCCACUCCCACUGGCGCGUCCCCAUGAAACCGGCCCAGUCACCAUUGAUGCAUUCCACGCUUUGCCCUGUUCCGAGAGAUUGGGUCCUCACGUACAUGAGCAAGCAAGAUAACUUACAGAGUGCCAUCUGUAUCCUGAAGCAGUACACUCCUCUGCACAAUCAGAGGACUAGAAAUGUUAGACCAUAUGCCGCCAUCUCCAGUGUCUCGCACCAUCAGAUUGGCGUUGCCCUGCUCGCGCGUCGCGGGGGUUCAGAUCCAUUCUUGUCGGACAUUUCCUUCGGUACGAGAGCUUGGUACGAGAGCUUAUCCACGACAUUUUUCGUCUACCUUCAGUUGAUGCCAUUCUGGUCACCCAGCAGUGAAGGCAAACCUAGUCGCUCACUCCAUGAACCGAGACAGAGAAACAAGGAACAUCACAAGCAAGAGGAGGCAGUGCUCGUCUCCGCAGAUACGGCACUCACAGGAAUAGACCUUGGCGUUACCUUACCGGCCGUCUCCACCGCCCCCGGUUCUGCCUUGCCGGUCUCCUCGGCCGGCCUUUAG